AGUUUUAGGUUAUUCAUAAAUUUAUAUUACAGUUGUAACAUACUUUUUCUAUUCUUUGAAAAUAUUAAUACCUAUAUCAAUUCAGUUCAUAACAAUUUGACUGACAAUAGAAAACGAAAGGAUUACAACAAGAAAGAGAGAUUAAUGAUUGACUAACAUAAUAAACUUUGAGUUAUUAACUUAUGAAAAUUUCUAGUGCUGCUAUAAUUUUAUUUUAAAAAUCUCUAAUAUUUUAUCAUUUCUUUCCAACAGCUUAAAACCUUUUUUAACAGAUACUAGGAUGUUUAAUUGUGGUUGAUAAAUAAAUAAAGUUCAAAAUUAAGGUUAGGUUCGUGAUGCCUGAACAGAAAACAUGGAAAUGUAUUUAAUCUUUAUAAUUUAAUCAAUGUAGGUUAAACUUUUCUACAAUUAUUGUGGUACAAUAUUGGCCUAGUAUCCUAUAAGUGAAUAGAGUUUAUUAUAAAUUAGUUAAAAUCAGAUUAUGUUGUUUAUCUAGCUUGAACGAUUAUAAUUUUGUAUUUACUUCAGUUUGUUAAAAUUCAUAAUACAUAUUGGUGAUCUGAGAUAGAUUAAUUGCUAUUCGACAAAUCACAAAUUACAAUGUCUGUCGCUGAGUUCCUCAAAGGCCUUCCGUCUUAUGACGAGAACAAUUUUGCAAGAUUUCAUACGGAUAGCAGUAGUCGAAAUAGCAUGAGACGUCCAUCGUUAUACCUCUCAACAAAAGACCAUCCAUCAGAACAGAUUAUUGUAACAGAGAAGACAAAUAUCCUGCUAAGAUAUCUACACCACCAAUGGGACAAAAAGUCUGCGAUGAAGAAGCGCGAUCACCUCUCUUUGGAUGACGAAUCAGGCUGCCGAAAAAAGCCUCGCAUCGAUUUGUGAAGCUCUCUCCCUCAUCUAUCGAUUCCUGCUUCAAAACUGACUAAAACUAUCGUCAUUGAAGAUAAGACUAUGCAUUUCGAGUGUGAAAUCAUUAUUCGUUUUGACUUAUUCAAUAUUUAGUGACAUUGUAUAUCAAGUGUGACCUUCCAAAAUGAUUGUCAAAGUGACUUUUCAUAAUAUUCAUACUUUGAAUAUCUUAUUUUUCGUAUAUUGCUUCGUUAACUGAAUCAAUUAAGUUGUUUAGUACAAAAUAUUUUUUCAGUUUCAAAUUAUGAAUUGAUUUUUUUUCUCUGUUAUCUUUUAGCACUUCUAUUCGGCUCAUUUGUCCCUAAAGAUCUAACUAGAUGCUACUUUUUUGCAACAUCCAUUGCAUAAUAUGCAUUGUAAGUGCUGUUUAGACAAUCCGGAAGUAAGAGAGCCCCUAUUAUGGCCAAUGACUAUCUCUCCUUAUUUUAUAUUCAUUUUCAAUUCAAUUGACUGUAAGGAAAUUCCAAAAAAAGGACACACAUCUCAAUACUAGGCCAACAAUAGUUAUUUAACAAAAAAAGCUGAAACAAAUAGAAGACUAACCAAUUUGGUGAACAACUUUUAAGCCUACUUUGUUUGUGAAAAUUUGAAUGCAAUUAUUCUUUAUAUGAAUUUGAUUAAUAAGGCUUUUGAUGAAAACAACUGUAACUUUCAAUUAUAUUCCUGUGUUUCUGUGGAUAAAUAUUUAUGAUGGUAAACAUUCAUGACCUUCACAAGCCUAAGAAAUUGAAGCGUUACAACUAUUAAUCAAUAAGGAAACUAUUAAGCGUUAUUUAUCAAUAAUUCUUCAAGUGUGCCCUUUCGAAUAAUAUACGGUAACAAAGUAACAUUGGGAUGUCUCAUUUGAAUAUAAAUAAGAUGAAUAAUCUUGAAAUUGUGAAUAAUCAAAAAUAAAUAUUGUUAAUAAUCUAAAAAUAAAUCAAUAAGUCUUGAAAGAAAAGUACAAAUUUUGAAAAGUUUUUUCAACUAUCAAAAGAAUGUAUGAGCAAUAAUUUAUUAAUAUGAUUGAUUUUAAACUAUACGAUUCAUCAUUGAACUGGAUCCUUUACCAGUCAUCAUAGUAAUCAUAGUACUCCUCUUAGUGUAAUAGUUUUUGUAUAACCUAUUCAAAAGUUUUUUUUUUUUUUUUGAAAACACGUAUUUUGAUGGGAUAUGCCUUCGAAACGACCUCGCGCGCUCUGAAUUUCGUGAAAAUCAAUUUUCGAGGUGGUUAUUAUAUCUGAAUAGUAAUAUAUUACUAUUAAUAUAAUACUAAAUAAAACUUAUCAAGUUGAUUAAAGUAGUUUGCUAGAACUAUCAUCUUACAUGUAUAGAGGAUACAUCUUGUGAACUCCGGUGGUCCAUUGAAAAUUUUAUAGGCCCAUUUUCAAUUCAAUUUUCACUUUUAAAAUUCGUAUAAUUACAGUUUUCUAGAAUCUACCUAAUCUCAUCUUUUAGAUAUUUCGCUUUCAUUCUAUUUGGAUUCCAAAUCAGAUCUUUUACUUUUGAAGUCUCAUUGACAUCUACUGAUCCAAGAAAAGCACUCCACAUACAUCGUAUGAUUCGUCUAUUCUUAUCAUACAGAUAUAGCCUACCCUCUCACUUUCAGCUAAAACUCUGCUCAAUUUCUCCCAUUUUUAUUUUCAUAAUCAAUAUUUAUCAUAGUGUGGAAUUAUCUACUUGUAUAUUUACAAAGUAAGAAUGAAAUUCUAUGUUCUUUAAUCAGUUCCUAAUUCACAUACAUCGUUGUUAAUGCCUAAAUUUAGAUAAAUUCUUACAAAACAUAUUCCCACCGACUACCGUUCUCUAAAUAUUUAUAAAUAUUCUGUUAUUCUCCGAGAAGACUAUGAUUUACCGGGCUGUGUAGCUCCGUGUAUUUUCGGUAGAUACGAAAAUUCAUAUUUGAAUUACAUAUAAGAAUUCUUUCCGUGUUUCUCUAGAAUAUUUAGAUGCAAAUGAGACUUCAAGUGCAACAACUAAAUCCAUAACUCAAGAAUUUUUAAAACAACAUAGUUUGUAAUUUAUUCAUUCCUUACAUAUCAUUUCGAGCACUUGACCAGUUUAGUGUUUUCACUAGUCACUAUGAAAGUUUUCAACAACUAGGUUAAAAAUAUAUAUUCCUCCUAUUUAUAACAGUGAAUUAGUUUCUUGGUUUCACUUUUUUACACAGUAUUACAAAAAACUGUUAAAUGCUCGAAAAUAAAUAAAAAUGAAUUAAUAUAAUUUGUAAUUAAAAUAAUAAAUUAAAUGAAUAGUUUAAUAAUUAAUUGAAUUAAUAAUUCAACUUAAUUCAAAUUAAAAUAAUAAAAAUUCCAAUGAUAUUUUCAAGGUUAUGUUACAGAUUUACUCCGAUGUAUAAAUUAUAAAGUAAAAUAAAUAAAUUAUCAUUAAUAAAUCAAAUAGAAUUAAUAAAUUAUCAUCUUAUUUUGAACUGGUAUUAAUCUAAAUUUUGAAAAGGAGUAUUAAAGGGUAUUUUUGAGGAAUAUUACAUGAUUCGUCUUUUUUUCUCUCUUCCAAUAUUAUGUUAAUUAUAAGUGAGUUUGUACAAAUUGAUUAAUAAAUAAUAAAAUGACAUAGAUUUGCUUCCAUUUUAUCCCGUGAUCUUGUUUUGAAUCAUUAUAAGUUGGAUAUAAAAUCCAACAGACAAGAGAUCCUUUAUUUCAAUAAUUGUUAAGCUUUCAGACACUUGUGGUCUAUUCUGACGGCCCAAAUCUGAUCAUUUAUUAAAUCAAGCAAAGGAAUUUGAGUUUUACUCCAUAUUUGUUAUCAAUCAAUUUUACAAACAACCAUUCAGCUCUAGUGAGUUGUAACCAAGAUACAUGAAUAAUUAUUCUAUAAUUCUCACUAUUUAAAAGAUUUGUAGAGAAAUCAAAUAAGGAUUAUGGUUGUGCACCUCGCUUUUGAAACUUUUUAUUGAUGACAUUUUUUAAAGUAAAAUCCAUAAUAGAUUCUGAUACCUUCUAAUAUUUGUCACCUCAGAGUUUCAAUUGAAGGGAAAUUUAUUCCAGUUUACCUGGGAUAUUUUUUCAAAAUGGAAUACAUUUUCCUGGAAUUGAUAUUCUGAGGAAUCAAAUAUAUGUCAUGAGUUGAACAGUAUCUUGGAAAAUGUAUCCUCAAAAUUUCAGGUAUUCACUUGCCACCAAUUCGGAAAUGAAUCUCCCUCAAGAUUACAGUUUUAAGCGCUGAUAUCUAAAAAAGUAAAAACCAUAAGUUUUUGGUAACUAGAUAGUAUCGAAACAAUCAAAAUACUUUGAAAAAUGUCACCAGUAAAAGAUUCCAAACGCGUGGUGCUUGAAAACCUCCUGUAUAAAAAUUUAUUUUUCAUAAACAGUUUUCUAGAAGGAAGUCACACUUGAUAAUCAGUUCUAUAUUCCUGAAGUGAUUGUGAUUCGGAGAAAAGAACUCACAUUGUGGAUGUAUUCUCAAUUCAUGGCAGCAUGAAAACUAUUUUCAGGUACUGUGAAUUUUAUUUUGUAUGAUUUGUAUUCGAUCACUCUAGUUUUACUAGCCUACCUAUCUUGUGUAUUGUAUUUUCUAUUACUGUAUUAUGAAAGUAAUUGAGGGUAUUUCGAAAUAAAUAUUCCUUAAAAUAGUGA